UCUAAAGAUAAGGCAGAGUCAGAUGGAAAUGCAAAAUCAAAUGUUCAUUUGUUUAAAGCACUCCCCUUAAACAAAAAAAUUCUUGAGGCACCUUCAUUUCCCCUUCCCAAGAAAAGCCUGCCUCAGCCACCGGAGUUUCAGGUGUUUCAUCUAAGGACAUCUGAGAGAGCCAAGCAGCAUGCAUAUAAUACGGCAAUGAAAGUAGCUAUGUAUGUGUCAACUUCAAGAAAUGAAAACACAGGCCUCAGAAGCUUCAAGUCUAUCAAUUCAUUAGAGGAGAAACAUGAAGCUGUUAACAAAUCUAAAGCUUGUUCUCCUGAUAAGAAGGUAACUUCUAGUAAAGGUGCAAAUGGUGUCCUUCAGAAUAUGAACCAAAAAACAGCCACAACGAGGCUUCCAAAUGAACCAGCAAAGGAGCUAUUAAAUAAGGGAUUGAAAGAAAAUGAGCCAGGUACUCUGCUUCUGCAGCAUCAGACCGUGAAAGUGGUCAAAGAACAUUUGCAGAAGAAUGGACAAAUGCAGUACCAGUGUAGAAGAGAAAAGAAUAUUGGAAAAGGGCGACAAGAUAACAUUAGUAGGAGGUUGAGACUUGAUGUAGUCUGAAGUCCCUCAGCAGUUUCGGUUGUCACCUUCUUCUCACGCUUCGAAAGCGGGCAAAACAGCAAGCAUGUUUUUGUUGACAACAGUGGAUACUUGUACAUAAAUAAUUGAAUUGUAUUUAUUCUAUUCCUUGAUAAGAAAAUAAAGACUUUUGGA